CUUAACCGUUUAAUUCGAAAAAACCUUUAUAUUAAUGCUCUUCCAAAUAACGGUUUAAAAAAACCGGUAUAUAAGAACGAAACCAAAAUGUAAAGGUUUUGCGUCAAGUACAUAAUAACGGUUAGAAAAUUUAACCGGUAUCCGAGCCUUGCUCUGUCAAUUACUUUUCGACUACUCGAAGUGUUUGACUAAAGUAUUUCGAGGAUUUGUGAAUUAAUUUAAAGUGCCUUAUUAUGUAUUGCGUAGUCAAAGAUUGUACAAGUGUAUGGAACCCAACAUCAAAUGUCAUCUUUCACAGAUUGAAAGCGUUGUCUGCGACAGGAAAUCGUAGUGUCCAAUUAGCAUCUGACUGGCUUCUGACCCAUGUGAAUGAUGCUUAUAUUGAUUCUGAUGAGCCAAGGGAAUAUAUAUUUUAUGCCAGUCCCACGGGACCACUACUUAGCCAGUUGCUGGAAUUCUGGGACAAAUCUAAAGAAAUUUCCGGUUGGAAUGGGGCACACAAUUUUCCACCUCAUAUUACUCUUGUUUCAUUCUUUAAGGCUCCAGAUGAAACUUCCCUGCAACUAGGAAAGGCAGUAAAACAUGUGGUAGAGAAAGUAGGGGAUCCUCCAAACUGUCCUUUGAAAUUGGAGCCCUAUGUGUCUCAUAACUUCAUGGCACUAUUUGUCUCCGAAGAACAUGCAGACUACUUGAAAAGAAUAGCUGUACAGUAUGUUAAACAGGUCUCUUCAGUGCUGGGUGUUAUGGUGGAUACAUAUGAGCAUCUGGAUGCAUUGGGAACAUGUUUCCCAUGGUGUACCAUGCCUCAAGAGAAGCCUAUCAAAUCGAUAAAUUUGGAGGCGCAUGUAAAGUCUUUGCAUAUAACGUUGGCUUACCACUUCGAUGUCGCCUCGUAUGAUGCUCUGAAGGCCUUGGUAGAUGACAUGCAACCUUCAGACCACUCCAGCUGGGAACUGAGGCUGUACUCCAGGGACCCAAGAUUUGCUAACCACCAGGUUCAUAAAGUGACUCAAGGUUACGCGCCUAAAGCGAGCGAUGAGCUUGAACUAGUACUUGGCGACUAUAUUUAUAUCGAAGAGAAGGAAUUUGCGAAUACGUCCGACGGCUGGGUGCAUGGUACAUCCUGGCUUACAGGCGUCAGUGGUUAUUUACCGGCUGUAUUCACCCGACGCACAGCGGAGUCUGACGCUUGGACUCUUCACCGAGCAAUAUCACUUGGCAACAACAGUUCAGAUUGUAAAUCGGAAUCUGAUUCGAAUACGGACGGAGAAAUGGCGAGUUACCCACACGAAGACGCCGCCCAGUUGGGUCAUGAGAAGUCUGAACAGACCUAUGAAGAGUGGGGCAAGUACUGGACUGCUGUCCAGACCGAUAAUAGUAACGGAAUCAUGGACGUGACGCAAGGAAUUUCAAUUGACUGGAAGAGUAACGCCAACAAGUUCUCGACAGAUCCGAUUGCUAAAAAUGACGAAAAACAUCGUCGCUGGAUCUUCGCGAUGCGUCACGGCGAGAGAGUAGAUCUUACGUACGGACAAUGGGUGCCUUUCUGUUUCGACAAAAACGGCACUUACACUAGGAAGGAUUUGAACUUACCCCUGAAACUGGGUGAGAGGACUGGUGGGGCGGAUUCUUACAUGAAAGAUACCCCUUUAACGCGAGUGGGUCGUCUGCAAGCUCAGCUCGUGGGCGAAGGCCUGCGAUUGGCUGGCGUAUCCGUCAAGCACGUGUACGCAUCGGCUGCGUUGCGCUGCGUCGAAACUGCUCACGCUUUCCUUGAAGGUCUCCAAGCUGAUCCUUCGGUGAAAAUUAGGGUAGACCCUGGUCUCUUUGAGUACAAGAUGUGGCACAUGGCCAAGGGGAUGGCGCCCUUCAUGACCCCCAUGGAGUUGUACAAGGCUGGCCUUAACGUCGACCUGAACUACAAACCGUACGUUGAAGUGGAUGUGAACACAACUGAGACAAUCGACGAAUUCUACAAACGAAAUGAAAAGGUCAUGCAGUCUGCUGUCAAAGAUACCGAGAAAGAAGGUGGCAACGUUAUUUUCGUGGGCCACGCAGCUACCCUUGAUAUGAUGGCCGUGUCACUGAAGCUCCUCGAUGAAACCAGAACCGACCACAAACCCUACAAGAUCCACGAGAAUCUCCUCAGAGUACCGUACUGCGCCCUCGGUGCCAUGAAGGACAACCCUUGGGAGGUUGUCUGCCCUCCCUGCCCUCCUUCAAUCAACUCUAGCUCGGGCAGAUUCAACUGGAAGAUGCUUUUAGACGUGUAAGGAUCCAACAUAAACCUUGUGAUACAUUUUUAUCGAUAUUAUUCAGAUUUAGGAAUUGCAUUUUGUCUUUAUCUAGUUAAUAUGUUUGCUUUGGAAAUUCUAAGGUAACAAUAAAACGGGGUAAAUAGAUAUCGGGGGGUAAAUAGACGCAGCAUAGGAGUGAAUAGACACUAAGAAUAUUCGAAAACAUCUAUUCACC